CAAAAUUAUUGAAAUAGGAAGAGUUUUGAGAAUCAAAAAUAUAUUAAGAAAAAAUGACUUCCUAUACAUAAAAGAACAUUUAAGAUGUACGUCACCGAUAGCAAAAGCAAUAGAUAUUUUGCAAGGAGAAAACGAUAUCUUUUACGGGAUAUUACUACCUUGUCUAUUGUCUCUCCAACGGAAGUUGAAAAAUUUAACAGAACACACGUGGACAUUUUGUGGGCCUUUAAGUGCAUGCCUCCUUGUUAGUUUAGAAAAUAGAUUUACAAAUUAUUUCAAUUUCACUACACCAGAGGCACAUAAUGUUGCGCUUGCGGCAUUGUCACAUCCGCAAUUUAAAAACCGGUGGUUCCCGUGUAUAGAAAAAUUUCAUCGUGACGAACUCAUGGAACUGUUCAAGAAAACGAUCACACAGGAACUAAAAAACAACAACUCUUCGGUCACAGCCAUGCCCACAACAUCAUCAACACAUGAAGAUUUUUUUGAUUUCGAUGACAAUCCAACGGACCAACUUACAGACUACGCAUCAAAAGCAUCGUUGCAGAUACUACAUUUCUUGGAAGAAAUAGAUAAAGAUUGGAAAAUUUUAGAAAACUACCCAGAAGUAAAGAAAAUAUUCUUUAAAUAUAAUACACCAUUGCCGUCGUCUACAUCAGUAGAAAGAUUGUUUUCAUAUGCGAUGAUCACCAAUUCACCGAAGUGUAACAGACUUUCGGACAGUAACUUUCAGAAAAGAGUUAUUCUGAAAGCAAACUUGAAUCAGUUGGAAAAGUGAAAAUGCUGCCGUCAA